GCUUGUACCAAUGAUAAUCCCUGAUAGUCAACGAUGUUGGAAAUAGGAUGCAAAUGCCUACCACAUAAUUGGCAGAUCUGGGGUUCUGCACCACGCGGCUGGUUGUCAGAUUAUAAAUCCAAAGCCUGAAUACUUAAACGCCCUAUAUUAGCUUAGAAGGAUAACUACCGUACACUCACCUCGUUUAUUAAAUUACAUAGCGGCAUCAUCUAAGAAAUUAUAGGACGAAAAAAAAUAAUACGUGACAGACAUAAGUCCGCGAUGCUAGCCAGUGAAUGGUCAUGGACGGGUCGGCUAGUUGCCGCUCUAUUGGCAAUAUUAGCUUACCCCAUCCUCCAAGCAAUCUAUAACCUCUACUUCCACCCCCUCCGCAAAAUCCCCGGGCCACGGACAUGGUCCGCUUCAAGGCUCCCCUUCGUAUGUGCACUCCUACGAGGAACCAUAAUACAAGACAUCGAGAAACUCCACCGAAAAUACGGUCCAGUGUUACGCAUCGCACCAGAUGAAGUCACAUUCGCGCAAGAAGAAGCGUAUAACGAUAUCUUCCAACCACGAUCCAAUAACCAACCCCCAUUCCCCAAAGAUCCCGUAUGGUGGGAGUUUCCACCGGGUCUGCCGGUGUCGUUGAUGAAUGCGUUUGAUCCCGAGUCGCAUGCGCGGAUUCGGAGACAACUCGCCCCUGGGUUUACUAUGCGUGCGCUCCGCGCGCAGGAGCCGAUUUUACAGAGAUAUGUGAAUCUCCUCGUUGAAAGGCUCCACGAGCGUGCUAAGGGUAAGGGGGCUGUGAUUGAUAUGAUGCCAUGGUUCAACUUCACCACCUUCGAUAUCUUCGGGGACCUCGGUUUCGGUGAAUCUUUCGGGUGUCUCGAGAACUCGCAAUACCACUCCUGGGUCGCGAUGUUAUUCCGGACCGUAAAAGCAUCGGCCUACGGUACCGCGGCGAAGUUUUACCCCCUUGUGCAAUUUAUUCUUAUGAAAUGCAUGCCCCCGUCCCUCAAAAAGGUGCAAGAAAAUCAUUACCAGCAGAUUGUGGAUAAAGUACACAGGAGAAUGAAUUGGGAACUUGAGAGGCCGGAUAUUAUGUCCCAUGUCAUUAGGGGAAAUGAUGAGAAGAAAGGACUGCCGAUUGGUGAGAUUAAUUCUACGUUCAUGGUGUUGACGACUGCUGGAAGCGAAACUACGGCUACGACGUUAUGCGGCACGUUGAAUUAUCUCGUGCAUAAUGGGGAUAAACUGGAUAUUUUGACACGAGAGGUGCGAAUGCGUUUCCAAAGCGAAAGUGAAAUAACGCUUGAUGCGCUGCAGAAUCUCCCGUAUUUGAAUGCUGUUCUCAAUGAGGGAUUGAGAUUGUGCCCGCCGAUUCCGUGGAUGCUUCCGAGGCGUGUACCGGCUGGUGGCGAGACGGUUUGCGGGAUAUGGCUUCCUGAAGGGACACCCGUCUCAAUCCAAGCCUACACAAUCCACCGAGACCCAGCCAAUUUCCACCUUGCCUCCUCAUUUCUUCCCGAACGGUGGCUCCCCGAAGCCAGUGCGGACGUUAGCUCCGUAUUCUACAACGACAAGCGACAAGCUGUUCAACCAUUCAGCGUCGGUCCACGUGCCUGUCUGGGAAAGAACCUCGCGAUGGCCGAAAUGCGGUUGAUAUUAGCGAAGCUUCUGUGGACGCUCGACUUUGAGGCAGUGGAGGGAAAGAAGGUUGUUUGGGAGGAGUUGAAGACGUUUGCGAUUGUGGAGAAGAAGCCGAUUGAAGUAAAGGUUCAGGUGAGAGAUGAUUUGCCGGGAUUGUAAAGUUUGGAAAAGGAUUUUUCUUUUGGAGAUUUGGACCAUUCCCUAGCCAAGAGCAAUCACCAUUCAGGUAGCGGUAGCGGUAGCGUAAAAGGAUGGGGCCUGCAUUUCGGUAAGCGGUCCGAGGCCGAUUUUUGUAAAUAUAUAGUUCCAAAACAU